CGUACUAACCGUGCAGGCUUCAGGGGUCCUUCAGGCUCAUGGCGCUUGAUUCUGAGCGCUGAAAGUCUUGAAUGUUGUUCAGAUCAUAAAGCUGUUAAAAGUCAUAUUUUUCACUGUUAUUCAGGAGGAUUUAUUAUCGCUGCGUGAUGGAGGAGGUGGAUGUGGAGCCCAGUCCCACGCUGAUUCCUGGCGCUGGAUUUCAUCAGAGACACUUGGGUUUUGAAUGGGGUCCUGGAGAUCUGUUAGUUUAUGAGACAAACUACAAACUACAAGGUCCGAAGUCUGCGGGCUCUCCGUUCGUCCACAUCGUGAGGAAAGAUGAAGAUAUCUGCUCUCCCAUCCUGCGUAAACUCUUCAACGAGUCUCAUCUCAUCUUCGUGGGGCUGCAGAAAAUCAAAGAGGAUGUGCCGAGCAAAAACAAGAAGCCACAGUUUGUGAGUAUCAGUAAGAACUACAGGUCUGUGAUCAGAGCCUGUAUGGAGGAACUUCAGCAGAACGCAGUUUUAACACAAGACGGGUCUUUAGCGUCUCAGUAUGGAGAUCAGGUGUCUAUUCUCUUGGCUAUCGAGCUGAUCUGGAACCUGUGUGAGGUGCUGUUCAUCGACGCAGCUCCAGCCGGAUCUCUGCUGCUCCACCUGCUGGACUGGGUGCGCCUGCACAAGUCAGACGUGGACACCAGAGCGAGAGAGGUGUUACAGAGCGACAGCCCCACCCGACAUCAGUCCUACUGGGACGUGGUGAUCAGUUUAGUGCUGCAGGGCCGGAUGGAUGAAGCCCGGCAGGUGCUGUCCAAACAGGCGUCUCUGCGGGCAGAAAGCAGCUCUGUGUUCAGACGCAUGGACGUCCUGUUACAGACCAUGCCCAUAUUUAACCCCACAGGAACUCAAACACUGACUGAGUUUGAUGUGAAAUGGAGAAAUUGGCACGAGGAGUGUGACCGCAGUCUCCAGGACAACACCUUCGCUAGCAACCGUCACCUGGAGACCAUCUGCAAGAUUCUGGUUGGUGAUGAAGACGCUCUGCUGGAGCAGAAGGAGCUGCUGAGCACCUGGUAUCACUUCCUGGUGUCACGGCUGCUCUUCACGCACCCCACCAUCAAACCGCCUGAUCUGCACUACUACGCACAGUCGAGCAUGAACAUGUUUCUGGGUCCACGGGCGUCUCCGGAGCCUCUGGACAUCAUCCUGCUGUCAGCGUUUGAGUUCGACCUGCAUCAGGUGAUCAAAGACUGCAGCAUCGCGCUCAAUAACUGGUGGUUUGUGGCUCAUCUGACGGACCUGCUGGAUCACUGCAAACUGCUGCAGUCGCACAACCUCCAUUUUGGCUCUAAUCUGCGAGAGUUUCUGGUUUUGGAGUACGCCUCGGGUCUCUUCACACACCACAGUCUGUGGCAGCUGGCGGUGGAUUAUUUCGAUCACUGUCCUGAGUUCGGUCGUGUGUAUCUGGAGCUGCAGAUCGAGAGAGUCCCGCUCGACACCGAACGCAAAGCCAUUAAAGUCCUGCGUAUCUGUGAGGACAGACAGAUGAGUGAACAGGUGCGCAGCAUCUGUAAGAUCAUGGCUAAACGAGCACUCAGGAACAACAGACUGGGAUCUGCUCUGUCCUGGAGCAUCAGAGCCAAAGACGCUGCCUUCGCCACACUCAUCUCUGAGAGGUUUCUUCAGGAUUACAGUAAUAAAGGCUCUUUCACGGAUCUGGAUUUGUUGGAUAAUCUGGGUCCUGCCAUGCUGCUCAGUGACAGACUGACGUUUUUAGGAAAGUACCGCGAGUUUCACAGGCUUUAUGGUGAGAAGCGUUUCUCUGAGGCGGCCAAACUCCUGCUAUCCCUCAUGACGGCAAAGAUCGCCCCGCGCAGUCUGUGGAUGACACUGCUGACCGACGCGCUGCCGCUGCUGGAGCAGAAAGAGGUGAUCUUCUCCGUGGAUCAGACGUAUGAGCUCAUGUCCUGUCUGGAGGAGCUGAACUCAGGAAUUAAAGAACCAAACCAGACAGACCAGGAUGAAGAUAUCGAGUCCACAAAGACUGAGCUUUUGCGACUGUCUCUGGCCCGUAACCUUGCCAUGGCCAUUGUGAAAGAGGGAACAAUAGAAACAUAAAUUCAUCUGAUCAUCAAAUUAACACUGUUUUUUCGCUCUCUUUGUGUCCUGUACAUAAUCCAGAAAACUUGGAUAAAAAUGAUGUCUUUUAUAAACUUUUUCCAGUAUUUGCAAAAAAUGUCUUUCAUAUUUCAUGUAUUUGUUUUGUCUUUAUUUAAAGCUCUUGUGAGGGUAAACAAAAUAGUUGUGCUCAUUUGAAUUAAAAUUUGAGGUACAGCAACUCAAACAGCCUGUUUAACGGCA